AUGCUGCUGCUGGGGCUACGAAACUGCUGCGUUGGAGGUGGAAAGGUGGUGCUGUGUUGGCAGCAGCAGCGGCUGCAGUGGGACUGUCAGCAAUACCAGAAAUCUGCAGCAGCGACAGGUGCUACCUCCCUCGCUCCUACCUCCCUCCCUUGUGCUGCUGCUGGGGCUACGAAAGAGCUGCGUUGGAGGUGGAGAGGUGCUGCUGUGUUGGCAGUGACAGUGGAGUGGAGGAGCAAAAGAGAUAGCCAGCAACAAAAUGAGGGGCAGCAGCAGAAGAGAAGGCCAUUGGUGACACCAGCGGUGGGAGCAGCAGUGGGAGCAGCAGUGGGAGCAGCUGAUGCUGCCUCACUCCCGUGUGCUACUGCAGUUGAGCAGAAAAGACGACUAGGCAGCUGCUGGGAGCAGAAGAGAAGGCCAGGUGCUAUCUCCCUCGCUUCUACCUACCUCCCGCCCAUGAGCUGCAUCAGAGGAGGAGCAGAGGCGAUGCAUCAGGGGAGGAGGAGCAGAGGAGAUGCAUCAGACGAGGAGGAGAUGGAGUAUAGGUGGAGCAGAGGAGGUGGAGAAGCAAAGGAGUUGGCUCAGCUGAGGAGCAGCAGAAGAGGAGACGAGGAGGAAAGUAGCGAUGGAGCAAAGAAGCACAGUGCCCUGUGCCUGCCUCUUCCCAUUUCACAGCAGCACAGGAGACGGAGCAGCAGAGGAGACGGCGCAGCAGAGGAGACGGCGCAGCAGAGGAGAGGAAGGAGAGCCAAAGGAGAUGAUGGAGAAGAGGAAGGAGAUGGAGCAUUGGAGAGACAUGGAGCAGAGGGCACGGAGGAGAAGGCACGGAGGGGGGAAGGCCAAAGGAGCAGAGGAGCAGAGAACCGCACAGCUGUGAUUCCCCCCAACUCUGCUGGGCGCACGGAGGGGAGAAGGAAUGGAGGGGAGAAGGCAUGGAGGGGAGAAGGCACGGAGGAGAGAAGGAAUGGAGGGGAGAAGGCAUGGAGGGGAGAAGGCACAGAGGAGAGAAGGCAUGGAGGGGAGAAGGCAAGGCGCGGAGAAGGCACAGAGGCGCGGAGAAGGCACAGCACGGAGAAGGCACAGAGGCACGGAGAAGGCACAGCACGGAGCAGGCACAGAGGCACGGCUGCGCGGGUGGGAAGACGGAGGAGCAGCGAUAGGAGCAUGAGAAGGGAAGAUCUGCUGAACUUUCCCAUCUCCCGGAACGAGGCUUUCCUGGCGCUGUGGAGGGAAUGGCAACGCGAAAAGAAACGACUUGCCGCAUGGGGCCCUCCCAGCUGGGCUACGCUUUCCCAGCUGCUGUUGCGUGUCAGGAGGAGUGCAAGCCAGUCCACGGGCGUGAAAGCAAAGUCGACGCCAUUAGCUGCUGCAGCAGGGGAGCAGAGGAGACGGCUGGACUGCCAUCAGCAGCAGCAGGGGGAGCAGAGGAGACGGCUUGCUGCCUGUGCUCAUGGAAAGUAA